AUGUCUUUCCCUCAACUCAACUACGCCGACUACAUCAGUGGAGACCCCGUCCGCCGAGAAGCCUUCGCCAAAUCGAUUGCACAUAGCUUUGAAGUUUAUGGUUUCGCUACGGUUGUGAACCAUGGGGUGGCGGAGGAGGAUAUAAACCAGGCUUUCAGAUAUAGCCGCGAGUUCUUCGCACUGCCCCAUGAGGAGAAGAUGAAGUCUGAACACCCGCCCCAAUCAAACCAACAUAGGGGCUACAGCUGGGAAUCAUGGGACCAAGGCGCCACCGACGACGAGUUGAACCCUAACCUGUGGGCAGCCACUGAGUCACUCCCCAGAUUCGGCCAUUUCAUGGAGAAGUUCUUCCAUACGUGCCAUGAAGCAGAGGAGCGACUUCUACGCGCCGUUGCUGUGGGUCUGGGACUCGAUGAGACACACUUCGAUGACAAACUGACGGAUCGGGUUAAUGAGUUCCGUCUUACGCAUUACCCGCCCGUACGCAAGAGCGAUAUCAGCCUCGAAAUGGGAAGUCAGGCGCGCACCUCUGAGCAUACAGAUUUUGGUACUAUUACAUUGCUUUUCCAGGAUUCUGUGGGAGGACUAGAGGUGGAGUCGCACGAAGAGCAGGGUGUUUUCCAUCCCAUUACGGCAGCUGCGCCGACCAUGGUGAUCAACAUUGGCGAUUCAUUGCAGAGGUGGACAAACGACCGCCUCCGAUCAACAGUUCACCGCGUCACCAUUCCAGUAAACGGAGAUGCAAUGGAUGACGACAUUGUCAUCCCAUCGCGUUACUCUAUCGUUUCCUUUAAAAAGCCAAACCGAGAUGUUAGCUUGUAUCCCUUCCCGGAAUUCUUGAAGGACAAAAAAAAAGUAAGUAUGAAGAUAUCACAGCAGGCGAAUACAAUCAGAGGGGCUUGA